CUUUGAUAAUGUAAGAGUAAGCUUAUAUGUCUCUUUUCUCUGAAAGAUUGGCGUUAACUCGCAGAAAUUCCGAAGGAAAGGGGGAAAAAUCAAAAUCACACUAACAGCAAUGUUGCCAAGACACACUCGAAUCAUAACGAAGCUGGGGGGAGCAGUUCUGCGAAAUUAUUGUACAACCUCAGUACUUGGAAAUCAGUUGAAGCGUCUUCGUGGCUUCCACGCUAUUAGACAGACUUGCACAGAGUUUCCAAGGAAGCUCAAAAAAACGGAGAGGAAACCAUGGGUGACGAAAGUUAAUGAGCUGAAGCGUAUUGGUAGAGCAGAGAGGAAAGAAAGACAGAUAGUUCGCGAAAGGAUUCUACAACCUCCUGAAAAUGGGUUAUUGGUUAAGGAAUUGAUUCCCGUUGCUCACCAAGUUAAUGCUGAUCGAAUCAAAUUAUUCACUUGUGUUUCAAAAGUUGCCCAGAGUAUUGUCAUAUAUUCAUGCGGUGUAUGUGGUGAAGUUCACAUUGGCCAUCCGCCACAUAAGAUCAGAACCUGCAAUGUCAUGGGUAGUGCAUCAAACAAGGAGCAUUGUUGGAAAAGAGGUGAUGUUGAACAUGUCUUGCCUCUCGUGGAAUCUUUUCAUAUCUAUGACAGAAUGGGGAGAGCCGUUUCUCAUAAUGAACGGCUUCAAGUGGAUCGCAUUCCGGCAAUUCUGGAAUUGUGUGUCCAAGCAGGGAUCGAUCUACCUGAGUAUCCAACUAGGAGAAGAGCCUUCCCGGCUUACAGUAUUUCCGGUAGGGUAGUCGACUUUGAGAAGAGAUUCCCCAAAGAAGAUGCACCUGGCACUGACAUUUAUGAUUGUGGGUUUUGGCAGAAGAUAAACAAGAUAAGUGAGGAUAACAAGUAUGUGGACACUCAACCUUGUCAUCUACAAGGUAUUGCUGUUAGUGGGAUGGAGGCAUGGGAGAGACUGCGUUCAGGAGCCUCAAGACUAAUGCAAAAAUAUGCUGUCCAAACUUGUGGAUACUGUCCGGAGGUGCAGGUGGGACCUAAAGGUCACAGGGUUCGAAAUUGUCAAGCCUACAAGCAUCAGAUGAGGGACGGGCAGCAUGAUUGGCAGGAGGCAACGAUCAAUGAUGUGGUUCCUCCUGUGUAUGUGUGGCACGUACGAUAUCAACAAAGCGAGAAAUCGCUAGUAAAUGAUUUGAAGAAGUACUAUGGUAUGUUGCCUGCUGUGGUGGAGCUAUUUGCACAGGCUGGUGCUAGUGUGCCCAACUAUUAUGUUGGCAUGAUGAGGGAAGAUGUUGCGGUACCUCAAUUGGAUGAAGAAAAGUUGGUUGUUUAAUUUUCAAUUUGUGAACCCAGCAGAUGAGAAUGUGGCCACGUUUAAAUAAGUCGAACCCCACCAUAGAGUUCCAAUUACUUGGUGAGAAUGAAGGGUCCCCCCCAAUUAAUGGAGUUGAAAAAACAAAGAGCAGUAAUUCAACGAUGAAGUGAGGCGUGUAGAUUUCGACUUGUGUGUAUGUCCACAUCAUUGA